AAAAGAAAAAAUACACAACUAUUCAAAUGUCUCUCUAUGCUUACAUUCUUCUGUUCUUCAUCCAACUUGUUGUACUAGUAUUCGCAAGCAAUGAUUGUACGCCGACGAGAUGCAGAGGAAACGGCCCGGCGAUUCGGUUUCCGUUCCGACACAAACAUCGGCAGCCUCAAAGCUGCGGCUACACGGGUUUCGACGUCGAUUGCGACCAUAACAACAACACCGUGCUCGUGCUUCCGUCCUCGAUUAACGUCAAUGUUAAGAAUAUUAACUACGCAUCCCAAACGAUCCUCGUCUCUGUCCAGGAACAUUGUUUUCCACAAAAGCUACCUCGUCUCAACUUAUCUGCCUCCCCUUUCCAUUUCUUUAACCCAGAAUACUUAGCUGAUUACAUUGUUUUUAAUUGUUCUACUCCCGAACGAAGUGUUUUAGGUAUGGUGAUUACUUGCCUCAGCGAUUCUAAAUACAAAUUCUAUGCCUUCAAUUCUAACUUUUCAAUGGAAUCAUUUCCUUUGACUUCUUGCACAAGAACUUGUGAAAUUUUAUCUGCUCCUUGGUAUGUUUUUCAUAAGAAUGAGUUUUACUUGGAGUGGUCUGAUCCAAGUUGUAACUAUACGAAAUUUGAUAGUAUUCAGUGUCCCGACAAACUACCGACCGAAACUCGAGGAGCACCAAAGAAGCAACCAAAGAAGCAACUGAUUACAGGUUUUGGUUGCUUUCUUGCCGCGAUAAUACUCGCAGCUCUCAUUUAUCUUGGUAUCAGAUUUAGAAUUGGCAGAGAGAAUCAAAUCAAGAUUGAAAAGUUUUUGCAUGAUUACAGAGCCCUUAAGCCGAGUAGAUUCUCUUACUCUGAUAUAACAAGGAUGACUCAUCAAUUUCGCCAUAAAUUAGGUGAAGGGAGUUAUGGAAUUGUAUACAAAGGAAAGUUGAACAAUGAAAUAAACGUUGCAGUUAAAGUACUCAACAAUUCCAAGGGAAACGGGGAGGAGUUUGUGAAUGAAGUAAGUACCAUUGGGAGAAUACACCACGUCAACGUUGUCCGCCUUGUUGGCUUUUGUGCCGAUGGAUUUCGAAGAGCUCUUGUUUAUGAAUUCUUGCCAAACGGUUCUUUAGAAAAGUCCAUUUCCCAAGAGGGUUCGAAUAGAGUUUCUCUUGAUUGGGAAAAGCUAAAGGAUAUUGCAUUGGGCGUAGCAAGAGGCAUAGAAUAUCUACACGAGGGAUGUGAUCAACAAAUACUCCAUUUCGACAUAAAGCCGCAAAACGUCUUGUUGGACCACAACUUCAACCCGAAGAUAUGCGAUUUCGGUCUUGCGAAAUUGUGCUCAAAGGAACAAAGUGCAGUGACAAUGACCGCGGCUAGAGGAACAAUGGGGUAUAUUGCACCUGAAGUACUCUCGAGGACUUUCGGGAGGGUUUCGUAUAAGUCCGAUGUUUAUAGUUUCGGAAUGGUGUUGCUCGAAAUAGUUGAAGGGGCGAAAAAUGUAGAUACUAACGCGGAUAACACUAGCAAGGUAUAUUUUCCUCAAUGGAUUUACAAUCAUAUAAGUGUUGGGGAUAAUCAUUUUUGGGCACAAAUUGAUGAAGAAGGAAAUAGUAUAGCAAGGAAACUUAGUAUAGUAGGGUUGUGGUGUAUACAGUGGUGUCCGACGGAUCGUCCGUCAAUGAAAGUUGUGGUUCAGAUGUUGGAAGGAGAAUGUGACGAUCUCACAAUGCCUCCGAAUCCGUUUCCAGCUGCAAAUUCUGUUCCGGAAAGUUAUUACGAAGCGGAGUUGCCGAUCAUAUUAGAAUUGGAGUGAAGACUAGUUAUACCGAAACUUAGGAACCAUGUAGAAAAAUUAUAUUUAUCACGUGCUUGUUAUUUUUUUUUUCAAUGUUGCUAUAUUUAUUAUAUAAGGCUUGCUUGAAUCAUUAAACAUGUCUUUGUGCUCCGUCAUAAUUAAAAUCAGAAAAUCUUUGGGCA